CUCUCAUUCCCAGUUUACCUUUAACAAUGGCUGAUGCUGCUACUUCUGCUCUUGUCAAAGUCAUAUUAGAGAAGCUUGCGGAUGAAGCCUUCAAGAUGUAUGUUCGCUCUCAGGGGAUUCACUCCGAGCUGGAAAAUCUGGGGAAAGAACUGUCCCAAAUCCAAGCUGUGCUUCAUGAUGCUUCUGACAAGGAAAUAAAAGAUGAAGCUGUUAAACAGUGGCUCAUUGAUCUCCAACACUUGGCUUAUGAUAUCGAUGACGUACUUGAUGAUGUGGCUACGGAAGCCAUGCGUCGUGAGCUGACCAAGGAAUCAGAAGCAAGCACAAGCAAGGUAAGAAACCUCAUCGUCCCAGCUUGGUUCACAAAGUUCUCACUAAGUCAUAGGUUGUCUCCCAAGAUAGAUGGUAUUACCAUCGAGUUACAGCGUCUGUAUAAAGCAAAAUCUGAUCUUGGUCUGAUUGUGAAAGACGAAAACCGGAAAGAUCCCAAUAGAGGAAACGAAACCUCUUUGCUAGAAUCUUGUGUUGUUGGACGAGAACGCGAGAAAGAGAAGCUGCUUAACAAGUUGUUGGGCGAUGACCAGUCAUCUAAGGAAAAUUUUAGCAUAAUUCCCAUAGUUGGAAUGGGAGGGGUUGGUAAGACCACUCUGGCCAGACUUUUGUAUAACGAUACAAAGGUGCAGGGUCACUUUCAACUCCACGUAUGGAUUUGUAUUUCUGAUGAUUUUGAUAUAUUUAAGAUAAGCAAAACUUUGUUUCAAGCUGUGUCUGGGCAAAAGAAGGAGUUUGAAGAUUUAAAUCAGCUUCAACAGGCUCUUACGGAGCAAUUUAAAGACAAAAGAUUUCUACUAGUUCUUGAUGAUGUGUGGACUGAGAACUAUGACCAUUGGGAAAAGCUAGUGCGCCCAUUAUAUUCAGGGGCUCCUGGAAGUAGGGUUAUCAUGACAACUCGAAAAAUUGAACUACUCAAAAUGCUAGGUUUUGAUGAUCUAGACCUGGUGGAGAGUUUGUCAUCUGAAGAUGCUUUGUCCUUAUUUGCUAUGCAUGCAUUGGGUGUUGAUAGCUUUGAUUCAUACCCAACACUUAGGGAAAAGGGUGAAGCUAUUGUGAAAAAGUGUGGUACUUUGCCUUUGGCUUUAAAAGCAAUUGGAAGGCUACUGAGGAAAAAAACACCAGAAAAAUGGGAUGACGUCUUAAAUAGUAAAAUAUGGGAUUCAAAAUAUGUUGGUGAUCUUUCUGCAGAUUGGAAGGUGAUUUUUCCAGCCCUUAUGUUAAGCUACCAUGAUCUUUCUGCAAAUUUGAAGCGGUUGUUUGCAUAUUGCUCCUUGUUCCCUAAGGACUUCUUGUAUAACAAAGAGGAGUUAGUCUUAUUGUGGAUGGCCGAAGGGUUCUUAAACCAAUCAAAUGCAACCAAGUCACAUGAAGACUUUGGCCAAGAUGAUUUUGAAGCAUUGUUGUCAAGGUCCUUUUUUCAGCAUGCACCUAAUGAUGAAACUUUAUAUGUGAUGCAUGACUUGAUGAAUGACUUGGCCACAUUUGUUGCCAAAGAUUUCUUUCUAAGGUUUGAGAAUCAUACGGAAUCGAGGAAGGAAGCUGUGACAAAGUACCGUCAUAUGUCAAUUAUUUAUGAGAAAUAUGGAGUUUACAAGAAAUUUGAGCCAUUUAAAAGAGCCAGAAGUCUGAGAACAUUGUUGGUAAUAAACUUAGGUCAAAAUGAUCGCUACUGUUUCAAUUCCAGUAAGUUUUUCAUUGACUUACUUCCUCAGGUGCCACUAUUAAGGGUCCUUUCUUUGGGUGGCAUUGAUAUAAGUGAGGUACCAGAUUUCAUUUGCAGUUUGAAGCACUUGAGGUAUCUUAACUUGUCUGAAACCUUGAUCGAAAACCUACCAGAUAAUAUUGGUAAUCUUUUUAAUCUACAGAUAUUGAUGGUUUGUGGAUGUUAUGAAUUGACUAAGUUGCCUAAAAGUUUCCUAAAGCUCAAAAAUUUAAGGCAUUUUGACUUUAGGGGUACUGCAUCGCUCAAGAAGCUGCCCUUGGGGAUUGGUAAGCUGAAAAACCUACAAACUCUCCCCAAGAUCGUCAUCGAAGAAGAAGACAGUGGCUUUGCUAUAACCGAGCUUAAGGGAUUAAACAAUCUCCGUGGCAAACUUUCCAUUGAAGGGUUGUGCAAAGUGCAAAGCAAAAUGCAAGCACAUGAGGCACAAUUAACUCUAAAAAGGCUUACUAAGUUAGAGCUGAAUUGGGGAGAGGGUUCUCAACAUGGAACACGUCAAAAGGAGGUUCUCGAAGAGCUGAAACCUGAUAGUGAAUGGUUGAAAGAGCUUGCAAUUAAGUCAUAUGGGGGAAUAGAGUUUCCGAAAUGGGUUGGGCAUCCUUCUUUUCAUCGGUUGGUUGAUGUGUCGAUAAGUGACUGUAAAAACUGUACAUCUCUACCACCACUUGGGCAACUACCCUCACUUAAGGAGUUGUAUAUAAGUAGCAUGCCUAAUGUUAAAUUCAUAGGUUUGGAGUUUACCGGCACCAACCAGUUAACUUUUGCUGCCUUCCCUUCACUUGAAAUACUAAGGUUUGAAUAUAUGAGCAGCUGGAAGGUAUGGUUAACCAGUAACGAGGUUUUUGAUGCAGUGUUUCCAAGCCUUCGGAAGCUUGAGAUCUUGUAUUGUCCCAAGUUGAUUGAAUUCUCACCUGAAACACUACCUUCACUUGAAAUCCUAAGGUUAUAUAUGCGUGGGUGGAAGGGAUGGUCAAUCAAUGGCGAGGUUUCAGCACUUUCACGCCUUAGAGAACUUCAUAUAGGUAGUUGUUCAAAGCUUAUUGAACUCUCACCUGAAAAACUACCUUCACUUGAAAUUUUACAGUUUCAAAAUAUGUUGGGAUGGAAGAUAUGGUCAACCAACAAUGCAGUUUUUCCUUGCCUUGGUGAGCUUUAUAUAGCAGAUUGUCCCAAAUUGGUUGAUGUCUCAGCUGAAGCACUACCUUUGCUAAAGGUUUUAAAAAUUACUAGAUGUGGUGUUGGUGUGUUGAGAAGUCUGGUUCGGGCAGCUUCAUCAAUUGCCAUGUUGCAUAUGAAAUCUAUUUCAGGGCUAACAUUUGAGGUGUGGAGAGGUGUUAUGGAGCUUCUUGGGGGAGUUGAAAAAGUAAGAAUUGAUGAAUGUGAUGAAAUAAGAUUCUUGUGGGAAUCAGAAGAAGAGGCGAGUAAGGUUCUUGUGAAUAUAAAGGAAUUGACAGUAUUACGUUGCUUUAAUUUGGUGAGUUUAGGAGAGAAAGAAGAGGAGGAUAAUUUGGGGGGCAGCAGCCUGUCAUCUCUUAGGAUGUUGACGGUAAGUGGUUGUCAAAAGAUGGAGCGUUGUUUUUGUCCACAUAGCAUUGAACGUUUGGAUAUUGGUUAUUGUCGUUCACUUACAUAUGUCUCCUUCCCAACAUCAGCAACAGGAGGAGGGCAGAAGCUUAAGUCACUUCAUAUACGUGAUUGUGUGAAUUUGAAAUCAAUCAUGCAAUUGGGUAACUUCGUUUACCUCACUGAGUUGUAUCUAAACAACUGUCAAAGUCUUGAGUCAUUUCCCGACCUCCCACUGCCUCUUCUCACCCAUUUGAAAAUAGAAAAAAUGUGAAAGCAUGGAGUCAUUUUCUGCCCUUCAGAUGGCGAGUCUCACCUUGUUAAAAGAAUUGACAAUCAAAGAUUGUCCAAGUAUUGAUGCUUCCUGUCAUGGUGGGUUAUGGCCCCCCAAUUUGUGUUUCCUUGAAUUAGGGAGGUUGAAGAAGCCCAUGUCGGAGUGGGGCCCUCAGAAUUGUCCAACUUCCCUUGUUAAGCUAUGGUUAUUUGAUGAACCCUGUGUGAGUAACUUCAGACAAUUGUCUAACCUAUUCCCUUCUUCUCUUACUGAACUUUUCAUACGAGAAUUUUAUAAACUGGAAUCGCUUUCAAUGGGACUCCAACACCUCACAUCCCUUCAACAUCUCACCAUUUCCUUCUGCCCAAAGGUGAAGGAUCUACCAGAGACGCUGUUACCUUCACUUUUGAGUUUGGAGAUCAUUAGAUGCCCAAAACUGAGAAGAAGAUGUGAAGGAAGAGGCUCCCACUACUAUCCCCUCAUCUCUCAUAUCCCAUUCGUCAACAUUUGUUAUUAAAAUACCUUCAUACGUACAAUACACAGGAUACUAACGCCUGCUUGUCAAUAUGUGUCUCCCACUGAAGCAGCAGUUUGAUGAUCAAAGAAGAGGAAGAGUGGGUACCGCCUUUCGGAAAUGAAAUUUCAUAUCCGAAAUAGAAACAGGGGAUAAAAGCCCUGACAUGGGAUCGGAACAAUCGGUAGUCCCAGAGACAGGUGUGAUCAAGGACCGUUCGAAAGUUGGCGAGGCAAUAAUCACCAGGGAUUUGGAUUUGGAUGAUGUCACUUCUGUUAACGAUCAUCAGUGAAUUAAAACAAACAAGUCAAAAUUUAGAAAUUCGAAAUGAAACGGGUCACGGGCUUGUUGAGGUGUUGAGUUAAAAAGUCUUUGCUGCAAGUUGGUGCUCUGAUACAUGUAUUCAACCUUCGCUAUACACCUUCCAUCAAUAGGUAACAAUAAGUGUAUUAAUCUGCAACGGCGGCAUAGAGAUAAUGUAUAUCAGUCAGUAGAUACAAACUACAAUCAGAGAGUGAAAGAGGCUCUUCAGGAGCAAGAAAGAGCUUCUUCAACCCAGUGAAUCCCAAAGAAGACAACACUAUUCAAAAAUGGAGAAAGCAUGGUUUUGUGAAGCUCCGAUUUUAGAGAUUUGACUUUGUUAGUAAUAGGUCAAACUCACAAAAAUAAAGAAACGAAAUAUAAAAUGAGUCUUGGCAGGAUACUUAUGCCUUCUUGUGAAUAUGAAAGAGAAUCGGGGGAUAAUGCUGAGGAAGCUGAGUCGUUAAUGAAAUGAACCAGUGAAGAGAAGUUGAAGCAGGGGAUUUGGAUGGCGUCAUCAAAAGAAGGCUCAAAGCAUGCUUGAUUCUCCUGUUUCGAUGAAUACUAUGAAGGAAUAUUGAACGGGUUAGAAUUUAGCAAUUUGAAAUGAAACGGGUCACGAGAUGUUGAGGUGUAGAGCUAAAAGUCUUUGCUGCAAGUUGGUGCUCUAAUACGUAUUCAACCAUUGGUAUCAAAAAACUAUUAGGAAUAAAUGAUGGAUGCGCGGUUCAUACUAUGCCGGUUUAAUCUGGGGGAUUGAUAUUAAACAAAGAGUCACAAGAACAAUGAGCUACACAAAACAAUAUCAUGAAAAUUGAAUGGUUAUACUGCUGCAAUAUUUUAAGAAUUUUGGGUUUUGACUUUUGAAGUUAAUCAUGCUACCUUCCGAGUUCAUGAUGGUCUUGUUGUAAUCAAUAGUAUACAUUAAACUUCGGUGUCAAACAAUGAUAUCUCUUGUCGAUUUAACUGCUUCAUACUAAUGUAGGACUUGGAAGUUAAGACAGUUUGACUUAAAAAGUCAAAUUGUUCGGUGCUUUUUUAUUGCAUUUGCA